AUGGAUACAGCAAUAGAGCUAGGAAGUGUCACUUUCCAAUCCUCGGACACGAAUUUGAGCCUCCUAAUGGAAGCCUCCAUGCUCAUGCAACCUCAUGGGAGAAUUCCAGGUGCUGCACGCCAUUGGGCUCUCAAACAUUGGAUUGAGACAGGGAUGGUGUGGGUGGCUGAAGGACCAGAGACUAGGUUGAAUAUGCAGAUCAGUGCGCAUAGCGCAUCGAACAUCACAGUCUCCACUUUGGUGCGGGUCAUUGGGGAGAUGCUCUGCAAUUCAAAGCUUUGGGUGGACCUGGGCUUAGUCCUCACUUUUAAAAGCUGCGACUAUCUCGGCCACAAUGACCCUCCGGUCUUCCAGCUGAUUUUCGGAUUAAAGAGGUCGCUUAGACAGCCCGCUGCCCUGUCAACCGUGAAUCGCAGAGUGCCGACAGCUGUGCAAGCACACGGCAAUCUUAUCCCCCCUCUACACGUCGAGACUAUCCGCAUGUCCUCAAUCGAUAUCAAAUUAUAUUUUGAGCCUAGAUGUUCCGAAGUGCAGCCAUAUACUCUCGUGUUUCCGAUGACCGAGAAGAGAGGCGAUGAAUACGAAGUAUUUGGCAUUGAAUCAGAAGGAUUCAGGGGAGAGCCUGUUCAUCGAUAUGAGCUACUGGGCGACUGGGGCGUCUAUGAAGCCCCCGAUACCAAGAGUUUCAAAGAAGAACUUGCGGAUAUGGAUGAUAGCGAUGAUAGCACCAUUUUAACAAGCCCGCCCUUAGAAAAAGCAUGGGAAGCUCAUGAUACUCACCAGCAAGCGCUGCAUUACCUCUUCAACACAGGUAUGAGCUCCUUGUUUAUCGACGAUAGCUCUGAGGAAAGACGAAAAGAACUGGAUCUAGAGAAUGGACAGAUGCAGAGUCUGUCAAGAAUGGCACCCCUGCUCUUCAAUCCCGGCUACAGCACAGCAAUGAGCCAACGAUCUGCACUGAUACCAUCGCUCGUCAAAUCGAUCACAUCUAUAUUGAAUCUACCCGUGAAUCGUUCUGUCCCACAGAAUGUCGACUCUCUGAAGGCUGCAUAUAUACCGGGUGACUUCCCACCAACUGCUGUCGACACCGGCGACGUUCUAAAAGCGGCAUUCUGGACACUUGCUCAGAAACAACUCUACAGGGCAGAAGCUUCACGGAAGCUGAGCUUGUUGGAGUCUGCGCUUAGCAUGCCAGUCGAAACACACGUCUAUGAGUCCUUGCUAGCGCCUGGCUCUGUGAAAGGGCCACCUCAUUGGUUUGGCCACACUGCCGAGAAAAUCGACAUGACUUCGGACUACUACCUGGGCUCCGGGGAUGGUUUCGACAUUAACAGCGAGUCUCCGGUAGAUUCUCUGUUAUCAGUCGAUGAUGAAUGUGUAUGUUCCGUCACCGAUAACUUGUGCGGAUCAUUUGAUGGCAUUCAAGCAGCUGCAAUGGGCCCGUUUGGGCUGGACCCUUGUAGUGGGGUAUCAGGCUCAGGGUCCCAGGAGCUUAUGGCUGAAAUGUGCACCACCGCAGACUACGAUGAUAUGAUGUUCUGAUCGUCGUUAUUGUUAUGAUCAGACACCAGUCAGCAAGCUCUGGUAAUACGGACAACUGCCAUGAAUACAGCAUUAGAUGUCUUGACGCGUCAGCGAAAGCCACACUCAUCGCCGUGGAACAUUCGCUAUAAGUUUGGCCUGAAGAUAUCAGUUAGGAAGCAUGGGUUCAAGUGGAAUAUUGUUGUUUGCAUCAGUGCAUUCAAGAUCUGCAACUUGUUUCUUUCAGAUCGAUUGUUGUCCUGCGCCUUGCUUCUCUUUAUCUCUGACUGAAAUAUUUUGGGAGACAUCCCUGCCCAACGCCCAUCACAAUAUCAAAACACAUGAGUAAAUAAAUGAUAACUGGGUAUAUCGUGCAUCCAAUCUCUUCCGAAACAAUACAAUUGUGUGAAACCUCUGAACACUGCGGGAGCUGCGGGUUCUGCAUUUGUCCCACAGUCCUGUUAUUGAUGGCUUG